AUGUCUUGCUCCGUCGCGGUUUCCAAUUCGCCGGUCUUUUCUCCCUCCUCUUCCCUCUUCUGCUCCAAGCCUUCCAUCAUCUCUUCUUCGCCCGAAUCGCUUUCGCUCUCUCUCUCGCACCUCAAACCUUCCAACUCUAAUACGGCGUCGUCUUGCUCCUCUUCUUGUUCUUCUCCUUCUGCUGCUGCUUCCUCUCCUUCUUCUCCUUUUCGGCUUCGCCUUCCCAAGCCUCCCUCCGUCUUCUCUGCGUCAUCUGCUUCGUCCACGUCCCCCAACGGCGCCGUUUUGAAGAGGAAGCGACCAGCCAGACUGGACAUACCCGUUUCUUCUCUCACCUUUGGGGUUCCGCCCACGCCCUCCGCGGCGGUGCGUGACGUAGUCGAGGUGGAGGAGGAUGGGUUUGGGGUGUACUGCAAGAGAGGGAGGAGGGAACAUAUGGAGGAUCGUUACACCGCUGGGGAUAAUCUACGCGGUGAACACAAACUGGCUUUAUUUGGCAUAUUUGAUGGACACGGAGGUGCAAAGGCUGCUGAAUUUGCUGCAAAUAACUUAGGAAAGAAUAUCUUAGAUGAAGUGAUUGUGAGAGGUGAAGAUGAAGUUGAGGAGGCAGUGAAGCGUGGGUACCUCAACACAGACUCUGAUUUCCUAAAGGAGGAUCUCCAUGGUGGCUCUUGCUGUGUGACUGCAAUGAUUAGGAAUGGCAACCUUGUUGUGUCCAACGCCGGUGAUUGCCGUGCUGUCAUUAGCAGAGGAGGUGUUGCUGAGGCCCUAACAUCCGAUCACAGACCUUCAAGGGAAGAUGAAAGGGACAGAAUUGAGAGCCUGGGUGGCUAUGUUGAUUUAUGCCGCGGUGUUUGGAGGAUCCAGGGAUCUCUUGCUGUGUCUAGGGGAAUUGGAGAUAGACACCUGAAACAAUGGGUGACAGCAGAACCUGAAACCAAAGUUCUCAGAAUUGAACCUGAGCAUGACUUGUUAAUCUUAGCUUCAGAUGGACUAUGGGAUAAGGUCAGUAAUCAGGAAGCAGUAGACAUUGCUCGUUCUUUUCUUGUCGGGAACAAAUCACAACCAGUGCUGGCUUGUAAAAAGCUUGUAGAUUUGUCUGUUUCACGAGGCUCUAUGGAUGAUACAAGUGUUAUGCUAAUCAAAUUAGAACACUACGUUUAA